AUGUCACGUUCGCUGCGCCACAUCGCCGUGCAGUUGGACUACUACAUGUCUGCCCAGUUUGCUGGCAUCGCCUUAGCAUGUCGCCGCGGCAUCUACGAGAAAGCUGGGCUGAAGGUGAACUUGCUUCCCAGCUGCCCCCCAGGAGAUGAAGCUGCUGUAGUCUGCGGAGGGUUCUCAAAAGAUGCCUCGCAACUGCAUGUCGGCAGUAUGGAGCAGAACACCCUUUUGCCAGCUGCCCUUGGCACAGCAGGUGGCCAUGACGUAAAGGCAGUUGCAGCGAUGUUUGGGCGGUCCCCAUUGUGUUUGGCCGCCCUGCCCUCUGUCGGCCUGAAGAGCAAGCUUCACGGGAACCCUCAUGGCAAUGGCCUGCGAAUCGCAGCGCAUUCGGACACCGUCGACCUCUUGAAGCGAAUCCUUCCAGGAGCAGACGUCCUCGACGUUCCACGUGAUCAAAAGCUCACGGAGCUGAAGCAAGGGGGUGUGGAUGCAGUCCAGGCGUACGAUGUCAUGGAAACGCUACGACUCGAGCAG